AUGGGCAAAGGCGACCCUAACAAGCCGCGGGGCAAGAUGUCCUCGUACGCUUACUUCGUGCAGACUUGCCGAGAAGAGCACAAGAAGAAGCACCCGGACUCGUCUGUCAACUUUGCCGAGUUCUCGCGGAAGUGCUCGGAGCGAUGGAAGACGAUGUCUAGCAAGGAAAAAGGGAAGUUUGAAGAAAUGGCUAAAGGAGACAAAGCUCGUUACGACAGGGAGAUGAAAAACUAUGUUCCUCCCAAAGGCGAGAAGAAAGGAAAGAAAAAGGACCCCAAUGCUCCUAAAAGGCCACCAUCUGCGUUUUUCCUUUUCUGUUCUGAACACCGUCCAAAAAUAAAAAAUGAUCAUCCUGGCUUAUCUAUUGGAGAUACAGCAAAGAAAUUAGGUGAAAUGUGGUCUGAACAGUCGGCCAAAGACAAACAGCCAUAUGAACAGAAGGCUGCAAAGCUAAAGGAGAAAUAUGAGAAGGAUAUUGCAGCAUAUCGUGCCAAGAGCAAGAGUGACGCAGGAAAAAAGGGCCCAGGUAGGCCUGCAGGAUCUAAGAAGAAAGCAGAACCAGAGGAGGAGGAGGAAGAGGAAGAGGAUGAGGAAGAUGAGGAAGAAGAAGAGGAGGAAGAAUAAAUUAAUGUCCUGCUGUAAAGAUUUAUGCUCAAAAUCCAAUAUUUUACUAAGAAUGUGAACUCAA